GGAAGACAUGUGUCCCUUGAAAAGAACAGGGCAUUGUAUGGUUUCCGCACCACCGAUUUAUACGCUAUACUACUAUAACGUUUCCUUUGCUCUGUUUUGUGUCUGCGUCUGGAAAUGCCGAUGUCCUGUUGGGCCAGAGAGGUCAUCGUAACAUCCAGUGAAGUCACGGAGUAAACUAGCAGCUAGCGUGCGCUCGCUCUUCCUCGCGUCACUUCCGACACAGUUUAAAACUUGCAGCCUGCCCGCCCUGCUCUGGGUCAGAUAUGAGAGAAUACUUCAUAGCUAUAUAGCUGUCACAGGACAUCUCACAGAGGUUUAUUUCUUACAUCAUUUAAAACUGCGGUUUGCCAUCUGGCUUCACAGAGGGGGGUUUCUGCCUGGGUUGGUAUCUGGUGUGGCUACAGCAAUGGACUUUCAAGCAGGUGCAGAACCGAUGACUCUAGGCUCCCCCACAUCUCCUAAGCCAGGGUCUGGAGCCCAGUUCCUGCCAGGAUUUCUGAUGGGAGAUCUUCCAGCUCCUGCCAGCCCUCAGCCCCGUUCUUUCAGCCUCUCCACUCCAGGUCAAGAUCACAGAACCACACUUGUGGCAGCAGGUGGGUCUCAACCCCAGCCUGUAGUUCCAACCCCCAAGGAUAAGAGUGGAGCGCCCCCUGUCCGCAGUAUCUAUGACGACCUGGCUUCAUCUACAGCCGGCAUAAUAUCGACUCCUCUCAACAUACACAGACAGCAGUUCCCACUUAAACAGUCCCCUCUGUCUGGACAGCAAGCUGCUGCUGCAGGAACAGGGUGUAGUUCCACAAGCAAACAGCAGAUGGUGCUGUCUCCUGCUCAAGUAGAUCCCUUCUACAGCCAGGGGGAGGCACUGUCCUCAGGAGACCAGCUGGACCAGACAUGGGUGACUGUGUUCGGGUUUCCUCCAGCUUCAGCCUCCUACAUCCUGCUGCAGUUUGCCCAGUACGGAAACAUUCUCAAACACACGAUGUCCUCUCCAGGUAACUGGAUGCAUCUCCAGUAUCAGUCGAAGCUGCAGGCGAGGAAAGCUCUGUCUAAAGAUGGCAAAGUGUUUGGCGACUGCAUCAUGGUGGGAGUCAAACCCUGUAUUGACAAGAGUGUGAUGGAGAGCUCGAAUCGUGUCUUGUCCUGCAGCUCUGUCUUCAGCCCUCCUUCCAAAGGAACCCCUUCAUCCAGCAGCUCUCGGCUCUCUUCAACUCCUCUACUCUCCUCCACCCCUCACUCCUCCAUCAGACCCCUGAUUGCAGCCUACAAGGCUUCCAGCAGUGACUACCAGGUGGUGACAGAUAAUCUGACUCCACGGAAAGACGAGAGCUUUGUUUCCAAGGCAAUGGAAUAUAUGUUUGGUUGGUGAUGCCACACAAUACAUUGUGGCUUAUAUUGUGGCCUGGGAUGCAAACCAUCAUCCCUCUUUCCAAGAGAGGAAGAGGCGGUGUGAGUGACUGUUGGUCCAUCACUCUUUAAAGUUUUUUUACUUGCUCACUGUCAUGCUGUGUGUGUGUUGGUUUCAACAAUCACUUUACCUCUAUUCCCCUUUCAGUGUCUCCUUUUUUAAUCUGCUGGGCUCUCCAGUCCUUCUGUUGACUCAAUAAAUUGUGAAUGA